AUUUACGAACUACUCUACUGUCAUAGUCAAUAUAAUGGCGUGUGUCGCCGAAAACCUAUAUUGACUUGAAUAAGCAAAUCGUUUGAUUUUUUAAAUUAUUUAUCGCUAAUAUACACAAGUUAAACAGGUUUUUGUUAACUGUAACUUAAAAAUAGUUGUAAGCCAAAUUAUGUACCCAUGGCCAUGUGAUAGUUUUUAACUAGGGAAAUUAUUUGUAAAACGCCCUUAUUGAUUUUUGCUGUUGGGUGCAGCGCGACGUGCUAGCAUGUUCGAGUUUCGCUAUUUUUUAUUUAAUACGAUCAAACUGUUUUUAUAAUCACCGUAUUGUGUUCAUUGUGAUCCAUUAAAAAACAAAGCUUUUUAUCGUGAGUGACAUUGAGUUUUGUGGUUAAUUUUUAGUGUUUAAUGUAUCCAUCGCUAGUGGUUGCAAAAUCCAGUGAUGAUUCACAUCAUGUCACAACGUAAUUUUAUAGAAAUUAUAUCUAAAAUACAUUCAGAAUUAUUUAAUAAUGUCGUUUCAAAUAAAUAUAUACUGCAUGAUAUGUUUUCGUCGAGGAAUUAAGUUUUAUUGACUAACAGCAUAUUCUAAAUUCCUUGUUUUAAUUGUUCAAUGAACAUGGUUUCGAGGUACAUAUCUAACGGCACUGUCAACGUUAAACAGGAUGGCAUGUGCCCGCUACCGCUGCAUCCUUAUAGGGUGAUGCAACCAAGACCUGAAGGGUAUCCUGUAUCAGCUCCACCGGGAACGUAUGUGCAACCGCCGCCCAAUCAGGGAGGGAAUCAGGGUCCUACGUUGAGGGGUCCUUCUGUACCGCCAAACCAAUCGUCGACGCCUCCGAAUGCCGAUAUAAAAGUGUCUACUUUAACUCAACAACCUUCUCUAAAUCCUAUGUUUGUUGCUCCAAACGUUCGACCUCCAGCGGCUAACUUUUAUCCUAGACCAAGUGGUCCUCCUAGUCAACCACAAAGAAUGACGAGCCAUAAUAACAGGCCUCAACAGGGCCAAUUGUACACAUCAUCUCAAGCGCCGCAAUUCAUGCACGUAGCGGCGACACCGCAAGUGUAUCUUGCAUCGACGAAUUCCGUUCCUUACGCAUAUGGUACUCAGAGACCGGCUGCAGCUAGUUAUGUACAAACACUGCCAGUCUACCCACAUCUGUAUUCUUAUCCUUCGCAAAGUCAAACGCCCCCAGUUUCUUAUGGCUAUUUUCCACAAAUGAUGCCAAGGACAGCUUCUAUGACUCCAGUAACAGUUGCGAAUUCAAAUAAUACACAGAAUCCCAUACCUCCUGUAAAUCCCCUACCAACAAAUCACCAUCAAUUUCGGCAGCCAAGGAAUAAAAGGCAGAAUGCUAUUCCUGUUAUAGAUCCUGUUACGGGGGCCGAUCGUCUUCAAGAGAUGUAUGAAGAGAAUCCCCAUCCUCCUUCGGGGGAUACAUCUGCUAGACAAACUCCCCAACCGGCCAAUAAUCAAAGUCAUACUAAAGAAGUACAAGCUACAUUUGCCAAACUAGUGAUUGAAGCAAUUGAAAAAGAUACUCGUGUAGUAAAUCAACCUCCUCCUCCAGUACAUCAACUCCACGUCCCUACUCACCCCCAGGAGGAACAACAUCAUUCUGAUCAUACAUCUGAUGGACAACAAACCAACCAAGUUGUGAUAGAACACGAUAGCAUCGGUUCGCAAAGACAGGGAGCUGGUCCUGUUCCACAAGUUCCACAACAACAACAGCAUCAGCUGAAAAUGGAUCACGUACUACAGUCCAGUAAAUUGCAGGCCGAUGCAAAGGAAUUCAUAUUGCCUCCAACAGUUCUCAAAGAAACUCCAAUAGUAUCUGCAAACAUAGAUGCCGUUGAAGUUACGUUACCGAAUAAGUUACCAAAAGAAAAAGAGAGUCCGGCCAAAGGUCGCAAACAGAGGGAACAAUCAGCUAGGACAGGUGAACAUAUUGUUAAAGAAGCAGCUAUCGAAAAAACGUUGCCAGUUUCUGUACCUUCCAACAAAGAGACUAUUUGUGAUCAAGAUUCUUCCAUUCUAAAGGACGAGGUAAAAUCGGUGCAAGAUGUUCCCUCGUCUUUACCCAUGCAAUCAACGAAUCCUACUCAGGUAUCUACUGCCGUUAAAGAAAAUGUUGCACCCAAAGAAAUAACCAGUGAUAAGAUACAGCAGCAACAAAGACCACAACAGAAUCAACAGCAUACUAGAAAAGAUGUGAAGGAAGCUCCAGCAAAAACUGUUUUGGAAAGACAGGAUAGUGCAUCGUCAGUCGGUAGUAUCCAGAAUAUUUCCCAGGAGAACUCUAAAUCUAAAAAUGCUCAACGAUCGGCCUCUAAACAGGGAACUGGUGGACAAAAUAAUAACCAAAAAUCGGUUGCACAAGCUCAGGUAUCUGUACCUCAACCACAACCGGCUAAAGCUGCCAGCAAAUCAAAUAAGAAAAAUGAACUUAACUUGAAGGGCGCCAAUAAAGAAGGCACCGAUAUGGAUGCCUUCAAUGACAACAUACCAACAGGAGAAGUGAACUCUAACGUGAUUCCUAACCAGACUGUAAAAGAUUUAUUGAAUGCCAAUACUCUACCCCAAACUAAUAAUGCCAAUGUUAAUGUUAUCCCGACACAACCUCCCUUAGUUAGAGAUGUUAACGUAAACGUUGAAACGAACAAUAAAAAUGAGUCGACAAUCAAACCUCCUGAAACAGUUACCAAACCUCUUAAAAAUAAGAUUGAUAUUACCGAUAUUGUUAGGGAAAAGCCUAAAAAUAUUAAACCUUAUAAUAGUAAUAGUACGAAAGAUGGAAACGACGAAACUGAUAGGGCUGCAAUAUCGCAAUCGAAUGAAAAAAUGGUUCAAGCUAAGAACGAUGUGAAUUCUAAAACAAGUGAGAUUAGUAGGAUAGAAACUAAAUUACCUUAUACUGAAGGCCAAUGGUCUCCUGCCAACCAAUCAGGAGUGAAAAAAUAUAAUAGAGAUUUUCUACUGGCAGCUAAAGAUCUACCUGCCAGUAAGAUAAUUCCCGAUAACAUCCCAGAUUCUGUUUUGGCAGAUGAAAAAGGACGAUUGAGUGAUGGCAGGCUAUCAAUGGGUGGAGGUAGAACUGAUUUCAAUCCUUCAUUUAAUAACUAUGGCAGAAAUAGUUCUCAAAAAGGAACGUUGACCAAUAGAUUAAGCGGUAGUAAAAUGGAUAGAGGUAAAGGUAACAAGGGUGGAAGUUUGGUAAAACCUCCAAUGAAAGUUUCCAUUUCUGUAAGAGAAGAGGUUAAAUUGCAUGAAUCUGAGAACGCUUGGCGACCUGCCAGGUUUAGCAAGGGAGAAUUCCAGACAGAAGAUGAUAAGAAAACCGAAGAAUUGUACAGGAAAGUAAGAGGAAUACUCAACAAAUUAACUCCUCAAAAAUUCGAAACCUUAUUACAACAAAUUAAAAACCUUUCUAUUGAUACGACUGAACGUUUGCAAGGUGUUAUAGAUUUAGUUUUCGAAAAGGCCGUCGAUGAGCCGAAUUUUUCCGUUGCGUACGCCAGCAUGUGUGGACAAUUAGCCCUUCUGCAAGUGCCGGUACAUACAGGCGAUAAACAAGAAUAUGUCAAUUUCCGAAAACUUCUUAUUACUAGAUGUCAAGUAGAAUUUGAAAAACAAUCUUUAGAUGAAAGUAUACGAAAUAGUAAAAUAAAAGAAAUAGAAGAAUGUACGGAUCCCGAAAAGAAAAAAGAUCUAGCUUUUGAUUUGGAAGAGUACGAUAGAAGACUGAGGAUGAAAUCAGUUGGCAAUAUUAGAUUUAUAGGGGAAUUAUUUAAACAGAACAUGCUCACUGUAAAAAUAAUGAUGAGAUGUUUGGAAAAUUUAUUAGAAAACAAAGACGAAGAGAGUUACGAGUGCCUGUGUAAAUUAUUGACAACAAUAGGUAAAGAGUUAGACGCCAACCAAUCUAUUUCUCUUGAUUCAAUAUUUACACAGAUGAAGAAUAUCGCGAAUAAAAAGGAUUCAACUAACAAGAUCAGUAGUAGAAUUAGAUUUAUGUUACAGGAUGUGAUAGAUCUUCGUGCCUCAAAAUGGGUACCCAGAAGACAAGAUUUAAAUCCAAAGAAAAUCGAUCAAAUCCAAAAAGAAGCCGAACAAGAACAAUUAAAUAUCCAAAUGAUGAAUUCAGCUCCGUUGCCAUCUAGAAAAGACGACAGAGGUGGCAUGGGAAAUUCGGGAGGACCAGGAGGUUCGAAGGGAGGUAGAUCUAGAAAUGUUACGGCUGAUGACGGUUGGACAAUGCCUAACAGGGGGAAAAACAACUCUUUCUGUAUUAAGAGUGAUUUAUUGAGGGGAGCAAGAACUGCGCCUACGGCUGAUGAACCACUUGGUGCUGCUAUUAUGUACAACAAGUGGCAUAUGGGUGCCGGUACCAAUGUUAAAACACCUUCAAAUCAAGUCAAUAUAUAUGCUGCAUUAGAAAAUAUAGAUGGCGAUAGACGUACCAGUUCUCGUCAAGGACAAAAGGAAAUUUAUAUUUCCAAAGGUACAAGCCUCGAACGCGGUAAUUAUAAAUACGAUAGUCGGAGCGGUUCACGUUCUGGUUCGCAACAUCGUUCGAACGAUAGUUCUGCAUCAUCUUCACAACGAGGAACUCCUGCUCCUGUUUCGUUACCUCCACAAGCGGCAGUUUCCCGAUCUCAACCGCAACAGUCGACGGCAACAACCACUCCACAAGCGACCCCCGCUACCGCUUUUACAGAAGAACAGUAUUCAAGGCGGAUGAUCAACAGUUUGGAUGAAUAUGUUAGUGGAAAUUCCAGUUUGAAUGAAUAUUUUAUGGAUAUAAGUAGUUGCGUGCCGGUGUGGUACUUCCGAACUAUGGUUACCGAUAGUUAUUUACAUGUAUUAGAAAAAUCGCAACAAAUGAGAUUAAAGGCUGGAGAACUUUUCGCUAAAUUAGUUGUUCAGGGUAAGAUACCUUUAGAUGUUUACUGCGCAGGAUUGGCGGACAUAUUAUCACUAGCCGACGAUCUCACGAUUGAUAUUCCAAAAUUUUGGGAUUAUGUAGCUGAAAUGUUGGUUGAUUCCAUUAUAGAGGACGCCGUACCUCUAAAGAGGCUACACAAAACUUUUGAUGUGCUCAUUAAACAAGGAAAAGCGGAUCUGUUGUUGGCGCCGCUAUUUAAGUUAGUUAUUAGCAAUAAAGGAUCGCAUUUUCUUCAUAAUCAAUGGCAGGCGUCCAACCUACAACUGAGUGACUUUAUGGAUAACUCGAGUAUAGAAUCUUUCAUUAGGGACAAUCAAUUGGAAUUCUUAUUAGGUGGUGGUACAGUACAGGUUGAUCACAAUCAAUUAUCGUUCGAGGAAAUAAAAACAAAAUUAUCACAGUUCUUGGCAACUGGUAGAAAUAUAGAUGAAAUUCACGAUUGGGUAAUGGCGAACUUAGGAGAAAAGGGCGCUAAAGAAAACAAAUUCAUAAGAGCGUUGGCGACUGCGUUUUUUGAAGACGCUAUCAAUAAAAACAACAAAUUUAUACCUGACAAAAUAGACCAGCACAAUCAUUUAUUAUUGAAAUAUGUUGAUAAUAAGCCUGGAUUUGAACUAGAAUGCCUUUACGCACUCCAAGCGCUUAUCCAUAAGAUGGAGCAUCCUCGAGGACUUCUGCUUCAAAUUUGCGAUAAACUGUAUGAGCUAGGCACAUUUUCCCAAGAAAGUUUCAUAGCUUGGGAACAAAGUCAGGAUGCUGCAGAACAAGAAGGCAAAGGAGUGGCCCUGAAGCAGCUGACGUCUUUCUUUUGCCAGUUGAAAGAAAAUGAUGACGACGACGAAUCGUCAGGAUCUGAUCCCUAUACGGAAGAUUAGGGAGGGAUUUUAGUGAUUGUGUAAAUAGAAACUAAAGUGCUGGUGAUUGCAGCAUACAACUGUAUAAAGACAAUAAUAAAUUAAUGAGUAUAAAUAAAUAAAUAACUAAUUAAGAGAAACUCAGUGAGUGAGUCUAAAGUAAAAACUCUUAUAAAAAAAUUUAUACAAUUGUUUAUACUAUACAUAUAUAUAUUAUACAUAUAUUUAAUUAUAUACUAUUAAAAAAACAGUUGUAAGUUGAAAGUGAGUGCGGGAAAUGUUAAGAAAAAGUGCCCUCCGAAUAUUGAAAAAAAAUUUAAAUGUUAAAAGGACAAAAAAAAUUUUAAAUUUAAGCAUAGACUCUGUGAACGCCCGUGAAAAUAUUUUCAAGAGGAAAUCGAGAGAAAUGCCAAGAAAAAGAUGGAUAACGGGUUCGGUAAAACGCGGCAGUUUUUUUUUUACUCUACUAGUGUUUAUAAUCGCAGUUAUUGCCGAUUGGGUGAGGUUAAAAAAAUUUCAAACACAUAGCGAUGAUACGAUUAUUAAAUUAUAAUUGGUAUCAUCCGAAGUUGAAUAUUUUAUUUGGAAAAUGAGAAAAAUGAUAUAAUUUUUCAUACAUUUAACUAAAGAAUUCCAACAAUCAUUGUAGAUAUUUCAAUUUGAAAAUUGGAAUUGGAAAGUGAAAUAUCCAAAAUGUUACAAAUUUAGAAAAAAAUAUUUUAAUUCAUAAUAGAAAGUACCCAACGUUUUUUUUUUCUUAAUUACCCGAACCAUAUUUAGUAUUUCACCAAAUUAUAUUGGGUUGGCGACAAAGUAAUUUCGAUUUUGUAGAAUAAAAUAAAACAAAGAAUAGUUUUUAAUCAAUUAUAUAUUUUCCAUUUUGCCAUAGUUCUUUUAGCUUUAUGAUUCCGCGCUCAAAAUUUCUGGUCCUUAUCAGCAAAAAAAUAAACCGGGUGCAAUUGAAGGUCAUCGUAAUUUGUGAAAAUUUGACCAUUCAAAGAAUUCUCAAACUUCGAAAUAAAUGGUAAUCGGAUGGUGCCAGAUCAGGCCUGUAUGGGGGAUGUGAUAUCACUUCCCAACCAAGCUCCAAUAGUUUCCCACGAGUUGCCAAAGAUGUGUGAAGCCUUGCAUUAUCAUGGUGGAACACUAAACCUUUCCGAUUUGACAAUUAUGGUCGUUUUUCUCUGAUUGCUUCUUCCAGUUUCAUAAAUUGUUGGCAGUAAACAUCAAAAUUCAUCGUUUUGUUCCUUGGAAGUAGUUCAAAAAACACAAUACCUUUGUAAUCCUACCAAAUAGACAGCAUGGCUCUCUAUCAGUAAAAAUUGAAAGUAAUUAAUUGCUAAGAUUAUAAUAAAACACCUUAUUCUAAUUAAUGUCUUAUUUGGUCUCACGAGAAGCCCAACGUAAAUAAGGUAAUUAGGGAACAGCAUUUUUACACUAGAAGAGCAAAAUAAAAGGGAUUUAUUCUUGGAAAUAUAUAUUUUAUUUCCCAGAGGUGCUAUUUUGAGCAAUUUCUAAAUUUAAAAUGUUUGUUUGAUAUGCUAUUUGAACCAAAAAUUAUAUAAACGGAUAGAUCUGCCACUCUGUAUAAAAAUUUGACGACAAAGUUCGAUCCUAGCGACAUUUCUCCGACUGGCUCCUUACAAGUUAUUCGUUUAAUCCUUAGACAAGAAAAAAAGAUUUCUAUAAUCAAAGAUUUGACCUAAGAUUCAUAUCCAUGCUAACGCUGUAGAUGCGCGGAUAUUUGAAAAUUGUCUUGCAAGGUUUAUUUGAAAAUUGAUUCACAAUUUCGCGAGAAAUUUGAAAAUAACUCGAGUAAUUUUAAAUGCUCGAAGAUAGUUGUCGCAUUAAAUUGUGAAUGAAAAUAUAAAUAUUGAAACAGGAUGAUUAUUAUAAUUUUUAUUUUGUUUUUGACAUUUUAUAUCUAUAGCAGAGCAUACACGGUCAAUAAAACUGACAGUAGGUAUUGAUAAAAGUACUGAAGGUGCCCUUCUUCAGUAUUUUCUGUGAUUACACGAUCAUUAUUACUGAAAGUAUUACUGAUGUUCGUUUAAUUCACACGGUCAUUAUUACUGUCAAUAUUAUUCGUCAGUUCCCGCUUUCCAUCCUUUAGUAGAUAACUUAACAUGGAUAGAGCCUGUUUGGCAAUAGUUAUAGCUUCUGCUGUUGUAAAAAAAAGAAAAAAAAGAAGAAUAUGGGUUAAGGAUUGGCUGUUGGAAAGAGACAGGUACACCCAUUUAAACCUAUUGAAUGAAAUAGUAGUUAAAAAUCCUGCAGAUUUCAAAAAUUAUUUUCGAAUGAGUGAAACAACGUUUUUAACUUUAUUGGACAUGGUUUCACCUCAUAUUAAAAAGCAAGACACUAAUAUGAGACAAAGUAUCAGUCCAAAAGAGCGACUCGCUGUUACUUUGCGAUACCUGGCGACAGGAAGAAAUUUUGCUGACCUCAAGUUCUCAGCAUUGAUUUCCCCAGCAGCAAUUAGUUCAAUGAUAAUUGAAACAUGUGAAACUCUCAUCUAUGUGCUUCGAGAUUAUAUCAAGGUAAGUUGAACAAAAAAAUUCAAUUAGUAAAAUAUUUUAUUAGUAUGUAUAGGCAUUUAUACACUUUACAAAAUUUUAUUUUAUUCAGAAAAUGUAUGAUAGUAGUCCUUCAAGUUAUUUUUUGAUGAAAUGCCGUUAUCAUCGAUUGGAUCAUAAUUGUUAUUAUUGUUUAAAAUCAUAAUUUUUUGGGGGGAAGUGGUGGUGGUAGAAGGGACAUGGACUGGACUAGGAAGGGUUCCGUUCAGUAUUUGGGAAGGAUUUGAUGAAUGGAGGCAGGAAGAUUGCGGCUCGUUGAUUUUAACGGAGUUGUGAUGCAGAUUCCCCAUUGUAGCCUCAAAUAAAAUGUCGUUUAUGGCCUUUUCGGCAAGUAUUUUUUGGGACGCAUCCAAAUUUUGCAAUUUUGUAGCCCAAACUUUCGCUAAGUUAAGAUUGUAAUCUCCUUCUUUUUCCUUGGUCAGGUACUCACACGCUAAAUUCAGCAAAUCUGAUUGUUUAUUACAUUUUUUUUGUUUUUUGGAUUUUCUGUUGUAAUUUAUUGAAGUCGAAGGCUGAGUGAUAACAUCGUCCUCUGGAAUUAUGUUUGUAGUUUCUUGAGCCUAAAAAAUAAAACAAGAGUUAAAAAAUUCCUCGAUGUUCAUAUUUCAUGCUUUAAAAAUGAUUGACAUUCUUUGUAACUAAUUACAGCAAAUUUUUAUUACUACUAAUAAUAACAAUCUUAUUAUUAUUUAAAAAAUAUUUUUUUUUUUACAGCUUCCCUUAACAGAAGAGGAAUGGUUAUUAACUGCAGCAGAAUUCAGCAAGAACUGCCACUUUCCUACUUGUCUCGGAGCUCUUGAUGGAAAGCAUAUCGCCAUAAAAAAACCGGCUAAUACCUCCUCUCUGUAUUAUAAUUAUAAAGGACACUUUAGCAUUGUUUUAAUGGCAUUGGUCAAUGCAAAUAAGGAAUUUAUAAUGGUGGAUGUAGGAGCUAAUGGUAGGAUCUCCGACGGUGGGGUCCUCUUUUAUACAAAAUUUUGGGAUUUGUUUCUAAAAAAGCAAUUGCAUAUUCCACCUCCCACAAAGUUACCAGGUUCAGAGGAUUAUUUUCCUUACGUUUUUGUGGCAGAUGAGGCCUUUGCUUUGCACUGCAACCUUAUGAAACCAUACCCUCAAAAAAAAUGUACAAAGGAGCAAGAUACUUUCAAUAAACGACUGUCCACAGCUCGAUGUGUAGUCGAAAAUGCCUUUGGCAUUCUCGCAUCAAGAUUUGGUGUGUUUCAAAAGCCAAUAAAUCUUGGUCCUGACAAAGCAACAAAAAUUACACUAGCAUGCUGCUAUCUGCAUAAUUACUUAAAAAAGGAAUCUCUAAACUUUAGUGCACAAAACGAAAUUGAAAGCAUAGAUGUAGGGGCUAGUCUUCGUGAAGAACAUAGUAGGAAUGCAAGCGACGCAAAAUCCACAAGGGAUAAAUAUUGUACAUAUUUUAAUCUUACAUAAUAAUUUGUCAUAAUACUUUUGCAAAUGUUAAUUUUUUAUUUCAAAAAAUUUAAUACUGAAAUUUAUGGUAAAAACCAAACAAUCAAAAUCAUACCUGUUCCUCUUCCUCGUUUUCCACAUCAAUCGACGAGUGGGUUUCGAAUGGCUGCUCGAUUUUAUCAAGAAAUUGAAGAGCAUAAAAUACCCAUGACGACGGAGUGUAAAUGUCUUCGGUACCACAUCCAGACCUUUAAUAACAUAAUAAAUUCAUUUCAUAUUUUCUUUUUUAUAUAAUUAUUAUAAAAACAACUAUACCUAAUGCCUAAAUAAAAUUUUACUAAGAAAAUCAAAAUGUUGGUAUAUAUUCUCACCUUUUCGAAGAUUCAAUUUUCUUAAGUUCUUUUCGAAAAUUUGAUCUUAAUGUAUUUAUUUUUUUCCUGACAUCGGAAAUUUCCGCGUUAGGUUUUAUUUUUUUGUACAAAGGCAAUAAUUUAUUUAAGGCUUCCAUCCUUUUAUUUUUUUUCAUGUAAUUUGGAUCUGUGGAGCUCCACAAUUCGGGCAUGGAUUCAAAAGUAUGAAUAAAUAAUUUAAGAUCUUCGUCCAUAUUAUCCUCCAUCUGCAAAUUAUUUAACAAAAUGUAAAUGAAGUUAUGAUUAAUAUUUUCGUUAUUAACCCUCCGAGUACCAUGGGGUCCUUUUGGGACCCAACACUUUUACGAGAAUUUAACUUUCUCUGCUGUAUGACCUUUGUAAACUCCGUUUUAAAAUAUUGUUUCUUCAGAAAAUACAAGAAAAAACAAGUUGCACCUUUUAUUUAUUUUUGGGCAUAAGUUAAAAGAUGAGUAAACUUGAAGGUAAAAUUCAUUAUUAGCAUUCAAAAACAUGUGAAAGUACCAAGUUUCAACUUCCUAUUCAAUAACCCAAGAUUUAAAAUGGAAAAAAAUAUUUGGGGUCCAAAAAGGACCCCUGUGGUACUUGACUUUCAUGAGGACCGUGGUACCCAGAGGGUUAAAUUCACAGUAUUUUAAAAAUAAUCUUGUACUUACUUUGGAUGCACGAGUUUUUGCACAAUUUAAUAACUGAGGAAGAUAAAUUUAUCGUAAUUAAACUUAAUUUAACUUAAUUUAAAUAACGUAAUUUAACUUAAAUUCGUAAGAAAAUAAGCAGGCUUCACGUUUUCAGAGAAAAUAAACGGCAACUCUACAAAAAGCAAACCAACGUCGAACUCCAAGAUUUCAUCAAUUAGAUGGCACGUGUUUUCACAACCUAAACCCGCCUCAUUACUGAAGAAUGAAGCAAACCCGGCCACACGGUCAUUAUUACUGUCAGUAUCCCCACUACUCGGCGACCAGAACUGAGGAAUGAAUGGAUUGAAGCAUCAAUCUUCAGUACCCUCUUCAGUACUUCAAUACCUCGGAUUACACGAUCAGUAUUACUGACAAUAUUUUUCGAUACUGUCAGUAUUAUUGACCGUGUAUGCUCUGCUUAUAUCCACAAACAAAAAAUUUUCCUUCACACUUUAGCAGGCUUAGGACAGGAGAUGUUGGCGUGUUUAAAAAAUGUUUGUACAUGGUACAUACAAUGGUAUAUAAAAAACUGAUUUUAUAACCAUGGAUAAUCUUGUCUUUCUUGCAGCUUUCCUUAUACAGGGUGCGGCAGCAUAACUUCCUUUUUUCAAAAGUUAAUAAAACUUAUUGUAUGAAUCAGAAAAUUUUUAUUCGUUUUUUAUAAUACAGGCACAUACAUAAAGUUUUGUUUUACUGAGUUUUGAAGAUCAAAUCAGUUAGGUGACGUCCCCCAUUCUCCAUACACUGAGUAAACCGAUUUCUGGCGUUUGUCAUGACUCUUGCCAGCAUAGCAGGCGUUAUGUUGGCAAUUUCUUCCUGGAUGUUCGUCUUCAAAUCUUGUAGGGUCCUUGGACGGUUCACAUACACACGGGAUUUCAAAAAACCCCAUAGGAAAUAAUCACAAGGGGUCAAAUCGGGAGAGCGGGCUGGCCACUCCAAAUCGCCCCUAAUUGAGAUAAGGCGCUCUGGGAAGUGUUCCCUCAAAACAGCCAUCGAUGUUCUUGAAGUGUGUGCCGUUGCUCCGUCUUGUUGGAACCAAGUGUCCCCUAAGUCCAACUCAUCUAGCCGUGGGAAAAAAAAUUCCUGUAACAUGUUUACAUACCGGUGCGAAUUCACUGUCACUGUGACUUCAUUUUCCUCAAAGAACCAGGGACCAAUAAUUCCACGUGAGUAAAUUGCACACCACACUGUGACUUUAGGUGAAUGCAAAGGCCGUUGAUGCAAUUGUCGAGGAUUGGUAUCAGCCCAGUAGCGCAUGUUUUGUUUGUUUACGGAUCCACACAAAUGAAAAUGGGCUUCAUCACUAAAAAAAACAAUAGCGUCCUCAGGAACGACUUCCAGAAAAACCUCACACGCGUUCCUCCGAGAAUUGAAGUCACGUUCAGAAAGUUCCUGCACAAUUGCCAUCUUGUAUGGAUGAAAAUGAAGAUCAUCAUGAAGUAUUCUCCUCACAGAACGAUCGGAAAGUCCAAGGGCAGACGCAUGUUUGCGCGCAGAACGCCGUGGUGAUCGCAACACUGAAGUUCUAACUAACUCAAUGUUCUCCGGUGAUCUAAUGGGCCGAGGGACUCCAGUUCUUCGUCUUGUCACACUUGCAGUUUGUCUGAACGUAGUGACCCACGUAACAAUUCCGGGACAGGGGCCAAGGGGGCUAAAUUAAAGCGAUUCCGAAAGGCGCGCUGGGUUGCGAUCACAGAACAUCCGCUCGAAAAGUAAACCUCAACGGCAAACGCACGCUCCUCACUGUUCCAACGCAUGAUGGCGACUGAACUGUGCCGGGACAAAACUUUAUAGUCCCCCCUCUCGAACGAGACCACUAGCACUCCGUUACGACAUCUACCGACUAAAUGGCGAACUUUUUAAAAAAGGAAGUUAUGCUGCCGCACCCUGUAUUAAUGAAUUUGCCUUAAUUAACACAAGUGGCAUUUGAGACUUUUGAAUAAUUUCUUCGCUACUGAACCUGCCACAUAAGGAGUGACAAGAUCUACCCUGUAUAUUUUGAGCUUCUAUUGAAUGGUUUAUAAAUUGGGACAUUGACUUUUGGAGUUAUUAGUUCAAUAGGUGUUUCACUGAGGAAAUUUUUAAAAGUAUCCAAUGCCACUGUUGAAAAGUCGUCUUCACAAUUAAAUCCUGGCGAAUGUUUAGACAUGAAAUUUACAAUUAAAGACUUUGUGGACGAAACAAAUGCAGCACAUGAAGGAUUCGUAUUCCUAAUGCCAAAGAAAUUUUCAAUAGCAUUUUGAUUUAAGUUUCUGGCACUCAAAUAUUUGAAUCCUUCUUGCCCCAACUUUUGUCAAAUGUACACAAAUCCUCUAAUCGUGAAUGAUAGUUUUUUAAUUGAUUGUGUUAUACAUCUGAAAAUCUUUUUUGAUGGGUCUAUAAAAUGAAAUGAAUUAAAACUGGUAGUGCAUUGAGCCAAGUAUCUAGAUGUUUGGAUGUGGCAGUGAUAAUUCCCCUCAAUUCUUUCCCUAAAGGAGGAUUUAACAGAUUUCCAUUAUGACUGUGGAACAACGUGUCCAUAAAUCUGCAGUUUCAGUUGCUUUGGGAUUUAAUAAUUUUUACUAAAUCUACAGUUUUUGUGGAGUGCUCACAAAAAUAAAAUGCUAUCGGUUGUUUCCAGCUUCUACGUGUACCUUUAACCAUAAAAAGUAGAGCAUGAGCUCUCCUAUCCCCUUUUCCAAAAUCAAUUAACCCUUCAAAACAAUCUGCCACCCGAUUAUAUGUGAGCCCAGUAUCUAAUGACAUUUCAUCAAAUAUUAAUACGCAAUAUUUAUCAAGACUGAAACUGAAAGGCAUACGAUUUAAUAACCUAAUUAAUGUUCUUCGACUCGGUAAAGAAAAUAUUUUGGAAAGAAAUCUGUAACCUUUUCCACUAUUCUUGUAACAGGAUAAUGAAAAUAUCUUGUCAUCUAAGGUAAAUCUUCUUCCUCUGCUGAAAUGUGGGUCCAAUCUCUAUAUUUUCAGUUAAUCAAAUAUUUACAAAAGUUUACACAACUUUUAUGGGGUUGACUCAAUGUAACAGGAGCUAAAUAUUUUCUUCGUUCAUGCAAUUUAUGAGUAGAUUUUGAAGGAAUCGAUAAUGGAAUUCGUAGAUAUUGGCAGAUAUGAUACAAAUUAACUAUUAUACCUCAUACUAUAGAGUUUGCUUUGAAAAAUACUUACAGGAUCAAUUUUGUCUUCAUGUUUUCUUGAAAAAAAAGGCAUCACCAAACCAAUAGAUUAAAUAAAUUUCUAGAACUUUCCCAUAUUUCGGUUUUCUCCUUGCUAAGAACUAACCGAGAUACAAACAGUUCAAUCGGUACCAAAUCCAGAAAACAUCAACAUUCACCAUGUAAAGAGAUUAUUUUUCAAAAAUGUUGUCUCUAUUUCCGUUGUCUUGUAUUUCCCAUGGAUUUAUGGUGAUAACUAAAUUCUUAUUUGACAUCAAAAUUCAUGUGAGACAUUCACAUUAUUUGACAAACAUGUUUGUGAAACACUGCAUUUGUCAAUUAGAAAAUCACAGCAUUCACAAUCAGUCAAGUAAUAAACUACCAACAGUUUUCUAGACUAUUUAAGGAAAUUUACUUUUUUAUCAUAAUUUAAAAUUGUUUUAAUGAAAUUGGACUAAAUGGAUUUAUGUUCAUUUGAAAAUUAGCUGUGGAGUUUUAACAGAUGUUAAUGUGAAACUUUUUCAAAGUGGUAUCGUCCAAUGAGGCACGACGAGCCUAUCUGAGACCUAUGUACUCAAUAGUCCUGCAGCCUCCCACUAUAAAUAUGAAACUUUGUUGGAAUUAAAUAAAAUUAAUAUUCGAAUUACUAUUUUUUUUUUUCUAUUUAAGAAAAUUCCUAAAUGCCCUUUUUCAUUUCAUCGUUAACUGAAUAAACUACUAACUUGGAAUGAUUGGUUUGAAAAUCUUCACACUAAAAACUUAAUAUAUACAUUUUUUUUUCGAUAAAUAAUCUUUUGUUAAAUUUUGAUAUCAAAAUGGUUGGUAAUUUUUUUGUAUGAUCGGCAGUUUCUGCGUAUUAUUGUAUAAUUCAAUUAAUGUAUUUAUGUACUAUUUAUUUUAUAUUUGGAUACUUUUUAUUCAUGUUAUUUUAGCUAAUAUUUUCGUUUUUCCGAUUCUUCCCGGGUCUAUCUGUGUUUUUAAUUGAAAUGAUAUCGUCAUUUAUUUCUUGUUAUUGGUGAAUAAUAUGUUAUCUUCUGGUAGGGUAGUAGUAUGAAUGAUACUCAUUUUCAUCCCCCAAAGUAUUUAAUUUUUUUUUAAAUUUAAAUUGCCAGCAAAUAAGUUUUAUAUAAAAUUAUGUUUUUCUUUCAAAUUGGUUGAUUUUUUUUAUUAGAAUGUGAGAUUAAAAUAGAGGAAUUUUUAAGAAAAUCUGGAUAAUUUUUUUUUAAAUUUUUCAAUAUAAAAUAGUUUAGUUUUCACAAAUUGAUAUUUUCAAACGCACUUCCCACCUUAUAUAACUUUAGUCACAUAUUUUUAAUAACUGUCAUCGAUAACUAACGUUAUUUUACAAGAAAAUAACAGGAAAUAAUUUACAAACUUUUCUCAUUCCAAAAUCCUCAAGCAAAUCUAUUCUGAAUCCGUUCCUGUCCUUUUAAUUUGCCGAAUCCUUCUAUUAACAUCAUUUUUCAAAACAGUGUAAUUUGUGCCUGCGUAGACCCCACACUGAAAUCACAGUUCAUAAAAAACACAGUUGUUUCGAAAAAAAAAAAAUAUUCACUUUAAUAACAUUCCCAGCCUCUAAUAAAUAGUCGACUAAACUGUAGUACCAACGACACACUCUUUAAGGCUAGUACAGACCAGAAUACAAAAAAUUGCCGAUAUUUUUUAACAUAUUGUCAACAAUGUUCAAAAAAUGGAGGAGACUUCCUGCUGGUGCAUGUGACAUAUUUAUCGGUUCAAAUCAAGAUCGUGUUGUUCGAAAAGUGGAGGAGAUAGUUUAUGCGGGAGAUUGUGCUGCAUUCUUCAAUAUUGGUGGAAAUGCUGAGGAAAGAAAAAAGAAGAAGUUGUAUUUAGAAACAAGGAACUAUCCAUGGGGAUAAUUUGCUGUUUGAGCUACUGAUAGCUUGUUUUGCAAUUCUGUCGGAUUAAAUCUAAUUUCAAAAAAACUUCUACGGCCCCUAGUCUCCAAAAAUAUCAACUACCAUACAAUGAUUCUUGUCUUUCUAUUGUAGUAUAACCCACCUUUAUCUUCCAAUGCGUGUUUUUUCAUGUUUCUGUCUUGGUGGCUGAAGUUUUAUUUAAAAAAUUCAUCCAAUGUCUCUCAUAUUUAUUUUUAUAUGCUUAUUAUUUUUAUUUUCUUUCUUUUCCCUUCUCCAAUCGCAAUGAUUUUGUUCCAAAAAUCUCUGUUAUUGUCUUUAUGGUAAUUUGCUAAUUCUUCUCACGAAUUGUUUCUAUUUUUUAUUUUUUUAUUUCUUUCUGAUAUUUUUCGUUUUUGUCAUAUUUCUUCUAUAUAAUUUAGGUACUGAAAAGAUGUAUGUAUUUAAAUUUUUGUAAAUUUCCUAUAUGAAAAUUUCAUUACAUUGACCAAUAUUACCAAGAACCAAUAAAAAAUUAUCCAGCAAGUUUUGUUUGUAAUUUUUACAAAUUAAAAAUUAAGUUAAGACUUAAAGUUACUAAUAUUUGAAGAUAUUCUACUACUGACUCUACAGGAUUGUCAAAUGAUGUUAAAUUAUCCUUUGAUUUGUUAUGUAUAGAGACAGGCAGUAGCUCAUUACGAUUUAGAAUAAAAUUUUUCUAGAUAUAUUGUACUUUUUUUAAGCUAUUAAUAAGAACUAAAAUAUUUUGAGUUACUGCGGUCUAGUCAGAAAAUAUGUUGUAUUAAUAAAUAUUGUGAAAAUGUUUUUUAUGAAACUUUUACAAUAUUUUAUGAUUGAUUUGUACAUAGACUUCCUCGAGAAUAAAAAUGCGUUUGAACAGAG